AUGAGGCGCGGCGAGCGCAGGAGCCACGCGGGGGGCCCCGGCAAGGCGGCGCUGGAGGAGCCGCCUCAGCCCAACGGCGGCGCGCCUCCCGUCGCGGGGGGGACCCCCGGGCUCCGCGGAGACCCCCCGGCGGCCGGCCCCGAGGCUCGCCGCAGCACCGAGUCCGAGGUGUACGACGACGGGACCAACACUUUCUUCUGGCAAGCACACACCUUAACAGUCCUGUUUAUCCUUACGUGUACCCUGGGAUAUGUGACCUUGCUUGAAGAAACCCCACAGGAUACAGCCUACAACACAAAAAGAGGUAUUGUUGCCAGCAUUUUAGUCUUUUUGUGUUUUGGAGUCACCCAGGCUAAAGAUGGGCCAUUUUCAAGACCUCAUCCAGCCUACUGGAGGUUUUGGCUAUGUGUCAGUGUUGUAUAUGAGCUUUUCCUCAUCUUCAUACUCUUUCAGACCGUACAAGAUGGAAGACAAUUCAUGAAAUUCAUCGAUCCAAAGUUAGGAGUUCCCUUGCCAGAAAGAGACUAUGGUGGAAAUUGCCUUAUAUAUGACCCAGGCAAUGAGACUGAUCCAUUUCAUAAUGUCUGGGACAAGCUGGAUGGCUUUGUUCCCGCUCAUUUCCUUGGCUGGUAUAUAAAGACGCUUAUGAUUCGUGAUUGGUGGAUGUGCAUGAUCAUCAGUGUAAUGUUUGAAUUUCUGGAGUACAGUCUAGAACAUCAGCUUCCAAACUUCAGUGAAUGUUGGUGGGACCAUUGGAUUAUGGAUGUAGUCUUAUGCAAUGGACUUGGCAUUUACUGUGGAAUGAAGACUUUAGGGUGGCUUUCCUUGAAAACAUAUAAAUGGCAAGGGCUUUGGAACAUUCCCACUUAUAAGGGUAAAAUGAAGAGAAUUGCCUUCCAGUUCACACCAUACAGUUGGGUUAAAUUUGAGUGGAAACCAGCAUCCAGCCUUCGCAGAUGGCUAGCAGUCUGUGGUAUUAUGUUUGUAUUUUUAUUGGCAGAGCUGAACACUUUUUACUUGAAGUUUGUCCUCUGGAUGCCUCCAGAACACUACUUGGUCCUGCUGCGACUUGUCUUUUUUGUGAACGUGGGUGGUGUAGCCAUGAGAGAAAUCUAUGACUUCAUGGAUGACCCGAAGUUCCAUAAGAAGUUGGGUCAGCAGGCUUGGCUGGUUGCUGCUAUCACGGCCACAGAAUUCCUUAUUGUGGUAAAAUACGAUCCGUACACCUUAAUGUUGUCACUUCCUUUCUACAUUACUCAGUGCUGGAUCCUUGGAAUCAUGCUUGUGCUCAUAUGGACAGUAUGGCGCUUCUUCAUUCGUGAUAUCACCUUGCGGUACAAAGAGAUAAGAAGGCAAAAAGAGGAACACAAGUACAAGAAGGACAAGUGUCUGCGCAAUGGGGAUGGACAUUCUGCUUUGGCAGAUGAGCACAAUGGGAAUAAAUUGAGAGAGAAAAAACUUUGAACUUGAGUAACAAAUUAAGGGCUAAGUGGAUUAUUUUACUGAAGUCAGUGUAACUUGACUUGCAAGUUUAACCCUACCUAAUUUUGUAAGUUUCAAUGUUUUCUCGUAUGUGGAGAAUCGAGUUGGGAAAGAUGCCACCUAAUCUUGUUCGCAGAAGAAGUUUACAG